AUGAAUACGACAUCAAACACUGUUAGUAGUACUCUUUUGGCUCUACCUUAUCAAUUGAACAUAUGUCUUGGCUUAUUUAUUUGGGUGACAGGUAAUAUUGGUUGUAUUGGAAAUAUAAUUGUAUUUAGUUCUCGAAAACUUCGUAAACGAGCUUAUGCAGUAUAUUUAUUAUGGGAAGCACUGUCUGAUUUUAUUUAUUUUAAUUUUCUAUUGUUGACACGAAUACUUCAAAAAGGAUUUCAAAUUCCAAUAACUACACAUUAUGAAAUUAUCUGCAAAUUGCGACAGUUUGACUCCAUCUGGAGUCAUGAUGUUUCACUGAGUUUGUUUUCAUUUGCAACAAUUGAUCGAAUUUUAUCUGCACAACGUUUGAACAGUAAGUUUAACAAAAUAAACAUCAACUAA